UCCCAAAGGUGUUCGAUGGGGUUGAGGUCAGGGCUCUGUGCAGCAAAGUCAAGUUCUUCCGCACUGGACCUCGCUUUGUGCACGGGGGCAUUGUCAUGCUGAAACAGGAAAGGGCCUUCCCCAAACUGUUGCCACAAAGAUGGAAGCACAGAAUCAUCUAGAAUGUCAUUGUAUGCUGUAGCGUUAAGAUUUCCCUUCACUGGAACUAAGGGGAAUAGCCCGAACCAUGAAAAACAACCCCAGACCAUUAUUCCUCCUCCACCAAACUUUAGAGUUGGCACUAUGCAUUCAGGCAGGUAGCGUUCUCCUGGCAUCCACCAAACCCAGAUUCGUCCGUCGGACUGCCAGAUGGUGAAGCGUGAUUCGUCACUCCAGAGAACGCGUUUCCACUGCUCCAGAGUCCAAUGGUGGCGAGCUUUACUCCACUCCAUCUGACGUUUGUGUCACGAUCGUCGGGUACAGAGGACCAAGGCGCAGCGUGGAAGGUGAACAUAUUUUAUUAACUUGAAUGAUAACACGAACAAAAACAACAAACGAUAACGUGACGUCCAACGGUGCCAAAACACAAACCUAUACAGGAACAAGAUCCCACAAACACUGUGGGAAAACUGGCUGCUUAAGUAUGGAUCCCAAUCAGAGACAACAAGCAACAGCUGAUACCCGUUGCCUCUGAUUGAGAACCACACUGGCCAACAUAGAAAUACUAAACUAGAACGAAAACAAAUGAAAACUCACACCCUGGCUCAACAUACUAGAGUCCCCAGAGCCAGGGCGUGACAGUACCCCCCCCCCAAAGGCGCGGACUCCGACCGCGCCAACCAAACACCACAGGGGAGGGACCGGGUGGGCACUCCGCCUUGGCGGCGGAUCCAGCUCCGGGCAUGAUCCCCACUCCCUCUCUAACCCCCCAAAGUACCCCUGGUCCGGUCUGGCCCUGCUGACCGGAGCUGGACUGCACACUGGUGGAGCGGAUUGCUCUAGCUCCGGCGUGAAGCAGCUGACCCGUGCCGAACCAGGCACCGGUGGAACAGGCACGGGCUGUGCCGGACUGACGACGCACACCACUGGCUUGGUGUGGGGAGCAGGAACGGGCCGAGCCGGGCUGACGAAACGCACCCCUGACUUGGUGCGGGGAGCAGGAGCGGGCCGGACCGGGCUGACGAAGCGCACCACUGACUUGGUGCGGGGAGCAGGAGCGGGCCGGACCGGGCUGACGAAGCGCACCACUGACUUGGUGCGGGGAGCAGGAGCGGGCCGGACCGGGCUGACGAAGCGCACCACUGACUUGGUGCGGGGAGCAGGAGCGGGCCGAACCGGGCUGACGAUGCGCACCAUAGGCUUGGUGCGGGGAGCAGGAACAGGCCGGGCCGGGCUGACGACGCGCACCACAGGCUCGAUGCGAGGAACAGGAACAGGCCGGACCAUACUGGGGACACACACCACUGGCCCUACGCAGGGAUCAGGAACGGGCCGGACCGGACUGGUAACACACCCCAGUACCUCUCGCCGUGCCUCUACACUUUCCCUCUCCUCUGUGACCAGUGGCCCCCUUAACCUGGCGGCCUCCUCUGCAAACCCGCUGGACCGCUCUAUCGCGGCCUCCUGCUGCCCCGUCGUCCACGGCGUGAGCCCCACCCUAAAAAAUUUCUGGGGGUCUCUCCUCCCUGUGGGCCAAGCCCAGUCGAGGUUGAUGUCCUUUAGCGAUACCUCUGGCGCUGGCUCCUGGACACGCUGCUUGGUCCAGUGUUGGUGGGAUCUUCUGUCAUGAUCGUCGGGCACAGAGGACCAAGGCGCAGCGUGGAAGGUGAACAUAUUUUAUUAACUUGAAUGAUAACACGAACAAAAACAACAAACGAUAACGUGACGUCCAAUGGUGCCAAAACACAAACCUAUACAGGAACAAGAUCCCACAAACACUGUGGGAAAACUGGCUGCUUAAGUAUGGUUCCCAAUCAGAGACAACAAGCAACAGCUGAUACCUGUUGCCUCUGAUUGAGAACCACACUGGCCAACAUAGAAAUACUAAACUAGAACGAAAACAAAUGAAAACUCACACCCUGGCUCAACAUACUAGAGUCCCCAGAGCCAGGGCGUGACAGUUUGGCAUUGCGCAUGAUUAUCUUAGGCUUGUGUGCGGUUGCUCCGCCAUGGAUACCCAUUUAAUGGUGCUCCCAACGAACAGUUAUUGUGCUGAUGUUGCUUCCAGAGGCAGUUUGGAACUCGGUAGUGAGUGUUGAAACCGAGGACAGACUCUACGGUCUCGUUCUGUGAGCUUGUGUGGCCUAACACUUCGCAGCUGAGCCAUUGUUGCUCCUAGACGUUUCCACUUCAUAACAACAGUGCUUACAGUUGACCGGGGCAGCAGGGCAGAAAUUUGACAAACUGACUUUUUGGAAAGGUGGCAUCCUAUGACGGUGCCACGUUGAAAGUCACUGAGCUCUUCAGUAAGGCCAUUCUACUGCCAACGUUUGUCUAUGGAGAUUGCAUGGCUGUGUGCUACAUUUUAUACACCUGUCAGCAACGAAAUAGCCAAAUCCACUCAUUUGAAGGGGUGUCCACAUACUUUUGUAUACAUAGUGUAUAUACUCUUAAAAUGUAUAUUUCAUGUUAAUGUGUAUACCUGAAAGUAAAUUGAAAAGCUGCUGAUAAUUAACCUACAAUACGGAAAAGCUCAUAGUCACUGUGUAUGGGGAUUGGUCAGAGUAUGAAACCUGAACACUUAUAUAGCUCCAAUCAAAUAACAUUAGAUGCAGCAAGCUGCUCGCUGUGCUUACUCACCAUACAUACCUUUAAACUGUUCACUGCACACACGCACACGCGCACACACACACACACACACACACACACACACACACACACACACACACACACACACACACACACACACACACACACACACACACACACACACACACACACACAAUGGGUGAUUAGAGUAGACUGAUGAUGACAUACACACAUCGUGACAAACAGGUCCUGCAGACUUCCCCUGACUUGCAGUGAGUGUGUCAGUGGGCUGUGUGUGUGUGUGUAUAUGUGUGUGUGUAUGUGUGUAUGUGUGUGUGUGUGUGUGUGUGUGUGUGUGCAGAUUGCAGCAAGGUGCCUGCUCCUGUUGGUGUUGGCAUCACUCACAAGAAAUCAGGUCAGCAGUGCAAUAACACAGUCACCAGCCACACCUGAACACUAGCUUCCCUGAAUAGAUUAGUGUCAUGCCAUGGGGGGCUGGAGAAACUCACAAUUGUUUCCCUAAUUUCUCCCAUUUAGAGAUACACGUUAGUCCCUUUUACAGUGUUAGUAAGUAGAAUGUACUUGGUUGCAGUAUGUUAUGUUGCAGCUAUAAUUUCACUACCAACUUGCUUGUUAAGCAGUUAUUAAUGCAUGGCUGAUGUUGGCUGAGUAUCAAUAGACAUAGUAACCUCAUCAACACAUAGCAGGUAUUACAGGAAAACAAUAGAACACAAUCACAACAUCCAUGGACAAUCAGGAAUGUGCAUUGCAACAAUGAAUACUCUGCCUUGGAACACAGCGUUGUGCCUAAGUAACACCACUGUGCAUUACGACACAGCGUUAUGCUGCAGUUCUGUGGAGGUAUGUGUUUACAGUACUCUGUCUCCAGGGUAUUCUGCAGGUGAGGCUUGUUUACCUCAGGUCCCAGUUGGCUCUCUCUCCCUCUGCUCUGCGUUAUCAGCCCUGUUCAGCGUUACUUUGUGUAACAGGUCAAAGUUUGUUCCAGAGCUGCCUGGCUGUCUGCUGUAGAGGGAGCGGGAGGAGGGAGGGGGAGGGGUACUUGUUGAUGGGGUGUAGCCCGUCCCAGGGGAGCCAAUGAACAAACAGAGAACAAACUCUCAGAGCAGAACAGUCGUCAGCCCUGCCCCCUGAAGUGGUUUACUCCAGACUCUUUACUCCUGUCAGGUACCUUCAGCACAGCACAACAAACCAAUGAGUAAAAAGAGUAGACAGGACCGGGAGUUGCUUUCUGCUUCACUAAUGAGAGAGUGCUUCUGCAGUGCUGGAACACUGUGUGUGUGAGAGAGUGUGUGUGUGUGUUGCGUAACAGUUUGUGUGUGUGAUCGUGAUUGUGUGUGUGGCUGUUAUGCGUUCCCCUUGUAACCCACUCACCAUGCCUGUUUUCAAACUCCUUUCAGAUCCAGGCUCCUUCAGAACUCAGGUAAGACAGUGUGUGUGUUUGUGUCUGCUUUCCCUCUUCCAAAGUUCUGCUCUGUUCUGUUCUGUUCCUUUGAAGACGUUCCCCUCUCUGUGGAUAUUGCCGAAGAAACUCCAAUUGACUUUACUUAUUUUAGCGUGAGCCGAUAGAUAGAGAAUUCUUCUGUAGAUGAUUGGAGAGUUGUGAAGGCCAGGUCUUAGCAUAUAACUGCAGCCCCCAUGUGUUGCAUUCCAUUGCGUUUCCUCUUUCAUACCUUUUCAUGUUUUAAAAAAUGCACGAUAAGAAAUGUAUCAACUUUGGCAACUAUUUUGAAUGUUUUUUUAAGGUGGCUAAGAUAGAUUGUGAUUCUGUGAUUCUGAAGGUUAUAAAUGGUGAUGGAGUUGAUGAUGUAUUAUGCAUAAAAAUACAUAUUGGCUCAAUGCAUGCUAUGUCUGUUUGCAGAGAUAGCAUUGGAUGAAAUAUUCAUUGUGUGUUUGCACAGCAGAGCAGGCAUAUUCAUAGCAUUACCCAACCGGUCCCUCCAUAUUCAUCUCACUGCAACAAGAUAAAUCAGUUAUUUAGCAUGUAAUGUUAGAUAGAAAUGCAUUUACUGGUGAUGCAAUGCAACCCUACAGAGUAUGACGUAUUUAACCCAUUUACCCUACAGCAGUGGGGAGGUUUGUGUGGGCCUGUAAAAUUACCGUAUAUGAAUUAAAGUUAUCACAUAAUAUAUGUAUGAGUUCCAACUGGAGGCAGGCCCCGUUUUCUCAUCAUGGCUGGUUUGUUUGCUUGCUACAGUAUCUGGUCAGCUUUAUUACAUUGGAAUACAUCUCACUGUGUGCAUGUCACAAUGUACAUAUACAAUUUAUGUAUGCAUGUAUGUGUAUAUGUAUAUAUGUAUGUAUGUUAGGGAUGUAAUAGGUUAGGGAGAGGAAACAUUAGGUUUACAUCUCAAUCUCUGUCUGAGCAAACCUGUGUUCCAGAAUGCAGUGAGAGUGAACUUUUUUGGUAAUUCUAUGAAAUGAGUCAUUGUGUGUAUAUGUGUGUGUGUGUGUGUGUGUGUGUCACAGUAGUUGAUCAUGGUGUCUGUUUUUUUCCAUUGCAGGAAAAAUCAGUGCACGGACGGCGAUCAGAUCCAGGUUAGUGCAUUCUGAAUACAACAUGGUAAUAACAGUCAUCUUCUACCCACUGACCUCGGUCAUAUAAUCAACGCACCCCCCCCCCCCCCCCCCCCCCCCCCCUCUCUCGCUCUCUUUCUCUCUCUCCCCCUCUCUAUAGGAAUGCACCAUGACAUAUUGCAAACUCUCAAAUCAGAGACACACAGCUACAUGAGGAGGAGGGUGUAAAUUGCCUGUUACACUGUGGAAAAUCCUUAUUGACCCACCAUGCAGUGAAAUCAAUAGGCACUUGAUUGCUUGGGCCCUUAUCAUUUCAUAAUUGUCCACACUUGCAUAGUUCUGUCUGCUCAAAGGUGAACUAACACAGGGUUUGUCCUUGUGUUGUUGGAAAUGCAUUUCAUGCUCUGAGACUCGGUUCUCCUCACUGAUAAUUCUCACGUACUGGUGUCUGUGCCUGUUAGGGCAAGCUAACACACGUUACCCCGGACUCAAUAGACUGUUUGCUGGAAUCAGAUACCGAGAGGAAAACAGAACAAAAGCAACCACUCAAUCUCGCCCCGAUGUCUACAGCAGAGUGGGGAAUGUGUACUAGUGUGUCAGGGUGAAAUAGGCCAGGUCAGGAGUGCUAGUGUAGGACAACCAGGAAAUAACCAGUUAAUGGCUGUGCAACAGUAAACAGGUCUAAUAAACAGGUCUGAACCCAAACACACAUAGUGUAGAAAGUUAUCUCUCAUCUGAUAACUGGAGGAGGAACUAGAGUAUAGUUAUACUGUAUGUCUGCAUGGUUAACUUGAUGAAGCAUUAUGAUAUGAGAGAGGAUAUGGUUAUGAUGGAACGACAGGUGUGUGUGUGUGUGUGUGUGUGUGUGUGUGAAUGUGUGUGUGUGUGUGUGAAUGUGUGUGCGUGUGUGUGAAUGUGUGUGUGUGUGUGUGAAUGUGUGUGCGUGUGUGUGUCUCCCCUCAUUAUCUUCUAUAAUGGGAUCAUUAACAUUUUAAAAGGGUUAGGAGAACCUGCACACACGCACACACACACACACAUUCACACACACUCCAUCAGGAUGACGUCCACGGCAUAGUGUUGAAGACAUGGGGGUCUCCCUGGGUAUAUUGGGGUCUGUUGAUUCAUUAAGUUGCUCAGUGUGAAAUGACCUCAGUUCAGUUCUGCCUCUGUACUGGUACUAAAGCACAGCUACUCUGCUGGGAGGCAGUCUCUUUCUCAGUCUCUCCCUCAGUCUCUUUCUCAGGCUCUCCCUCAGUCUCUCCCUCAGUCUCUCCCUCAGUCUCUCCCUCAGUAUUUAUCUCGGUCUCUCCCUCACUCUCUCCCAGUCUCUCUCUCAGUCUCUCCCUCAGUCUCUCUCAGUCUCUCUCUCAGUCUCUCCCUCAGUCUCUCCCUCAGUCUCUCCCUCAGUAUUUCUCUCAGUCUCUACCUCAGUCUUUCUCUCAGUAUUUCUCUCACUCUCCCCCAGUCUCUCCCUCAGUCUCUCCCUCAGUCUCUACCUCAGUCUCUCUCUCAGUCUCUCCCUCAGUAUAUAUCUCAGUCUCUCCCUUAGUCUUUCUCUCUGUCUCUCUCUGUCUCUCCCUCAGUCUCUCCCUCAGUCUCUCCCUCACUCUCUCCCAGUCUCUCUCUCAGUCUCUCCCUCAGUCUCUCUCAGUCUCUCUCUCAGUCUCUCCCUCAGUCUCUCCCUCAGUCUCUCCCUCAGUAUUUCUCUCAGUCUCUACCUCAGUCUUUCUCUCAGUAUUUCUCUCACUCUCCCCCAGUCUCUCCCUCAGUCUCUCCCUCAGUCUCUACCUCAGUAUUUCUCUCAGUCUCUACCUCAGUCUUUCUCUCAUUAUUUCUCUCACUCUCCCCCAGUCUCUCUCUCAGUCUCUCCCUCAGUCUUUCUCAGUCUCUCUCUCAGUCUCUCCCUCAGUCUCUCCCUUUGGCCUUUUCACACCGCCCAUUCACAACUAUUCAGUUCUCACAAAAUGCUUUAUAUUUCCAGAAAAAUGUGCUCACCCUCCCCCAAAUUAUUCAUUCCUAUAAGAUGAAGGAUAAUCAACCUCUCUCUUUUGUCAUUCUCAAACUCCACUGCUUGGCUUUUGAAACUUUUUCAUCUUUCAAUCUCUUUCACUCUCUUUUUGAUCUCUCUCUUUUCUCUCUCUCUCUCUCUCUCUUCUCUCUCUCUCUCUCUCUCUCUCUCUCUCUCUCUCUCUCUCUCUCUCUCUCUCUCUCUCUCUCUCUCUCUCUCUCUGUCUCUCUGGUGUCUGUGGACUGUGGUGGAGGGGUUGCUAUUUCCUCGGUUCUCUUCAUGAGCAGCUGUGGGGAGAGAAAGGCAUUGUCGUGCUUAAUGGAAGAUAUCCUUUGUCUUGUGUAUGCGUGUGUGCAUGCCAUUGGUGUGUGUGUGUGUGUGCGCUUAUGUGUGUGUGUGUGUGUGUGUGUGUGCAGAAGCGACCGUGAGAGCCCAAUCUUCAGCCCUGCUAGCUUUUCUAGUAUUAAAGCACCCUCUCAGCUCACAGGAGAGCUUCUGUCCAUCACCAAAGAGGCAUCCCACAGCUAUACAGACCAUCUCCAUCUUAGGCCAUAAGGAUUAGAGAUUUAGGGAGUGUUACUAUCAUAGACCCCCCCCCCCCCUCCCCCCUCUUCCCCAGGAACACAGGUACUUUAAAAUACAGCUGCAUCCCUCUCUCGUCGACCAUCCAUAAUCUAUUCUCCCCCAUCCUCCUUUUUCUGUUUCUACUCUCUUUAUAAGAGUCUGAGCUGUCUUCAUCACCAUGGAGUGAGAAACACAACGAUGUGUGGUGGAUUGUAAACACACUCUGUUCUUGUUUGAACUGAAUCUCCUUAGAUACAAACACAAUUGAGCAGAUAUUGCCAAGCAUAUGGUUCUAUUCAUUCUAUUCUACUCUGUUGGAAUCUACCUGGCUUUUGUUUUACCUUUGGAUAACAAAAACGCUUGAUGACUGGAAAAUUGGACAAUAGCACAUGCGAUGUUACCAAGACUCAAGGAUAAAGCUAUUGUUUCAUACCUUUAGAUUGCUUGGUCAUAGAUGGAUGGUUGGUAUGGUGACAAGUGGGAGGGUGGCAAAGGUGCAUUGUUUUGCUUUCUGAUCUGCACACACACCCUUAUAGAUUAAUAUGAACACACACACACACUCACACUGAAAUUGUGGUUGUGUUUUCUCUCUCAGGGUUACCUAAGAUGUUGGUGACCAGGAACUAUUUUGGUGUGCCAAGUCCCAUAUGUGGCCCACCCCUCAACAUCCAGCAAGGUGACAUCAUCGAGCUGGUCUGUGCCGAUCUACACAGCUCCUGGUGGCAGGUGAGAGAGACGUGUGUGUGCGUGUGUGUGUGUGUGGCUGGUGAAGUGUCACUUCUCUCCACCAUUACAUAUUACCUCACUCCUCUUGAUCAAAUCAUGUACAAACAAUUUCAAAUGAAACUAAAUGAAUUGUUUUGUUCAAUCAGUGAAUCAUAUGCACCAUUGUGUAAACUGAAACAUUAAGCCCUGCCCUGACCAGUGACAUAACAUUGUUGUGUACCAGCACUGUGCAGGUACACCUAUUGAAAGACACACCUAUUAGACUGGGACAAUAACUAAAUGGAAGGAAAGCUGUCAUUCUAUUUAGUAUAUAGCAACAAGUGUAAGUCUUCUUUCUGUUUAAGAUUUCUGUUUAAUUCUCACAAUAUUCAGUAAUCAACAUGGGUCUUAUUGAUUUUAUUAGACUGGAUUGUUUUGUUUGGCAGUUUAUUCUAAUCUGACUGUGCCUCUGCACUGUGUGACUCCAGUGUGACUCCAGUGUAUAUCUAGCUGCAUUGUCUGUCCGUCACACACUGCUAAGGAUGACUGCACAUGAAACACUGGCUAAUCCACUGCUUUGUUAAUUGUUGAAACUGUUGUUACAAGCUGUAGGUUUCAGCGAGGCAUUUUUACAGCAACAUUGACGAGUUCUUGUAAACACGGGGGGUACACAGGGAGACAUAACACCCUGACAACAGAUGUGUUGGCACUGAACAUUUCACCAUGUUGUCAGGUGGGGGAAGUCUUAUAACACACGUACGCACAAGCACAUUUUUCCAUGAUGCGUCUUUAAUCUGGGAGAACAAUAACAGGCCUCCAGGAGCACGCCAGAUUAGGGUGUGGGCAUCACCGCCUUUGUGUACAGCUUACCCUGCCAAUGUGUGUUUUUGUGACUUUCCAAACCAAACAGAGGCACAUGCCCAUUCAGACACCUUCCAGCUCUGUGUUUGUGUGUUUUGGGCUAGCUGGCUGGCUUGUUUGCUGGCUGGCUGGCUGGAUGGCUGGAUGGAUGGCGUUACAACAGCAGCAGCAGGGAGGACGGCUAUUUGCUAUUUCUGCUGUCUGCUCUGGCUCUGCCUAAGUCCACUGGGGCCUAGAAAUAGAAGCGCUCUCUCUCUCUCUCUCGCUCUCUCUAUCUCUCUCUCUCUCCCUUCCCAUCCCUCCCCUCUUUCUCACACCUUCCAUUUUCACCUCUCUCCCACUUCCUUUCUCUCUCUAUGGACUGGCCUGUGUUCAGUCAGACAUACUGGAGUCAGAGACACUAGGUGUGAUAGCCCAGGCUUUUCAGCACUGUCACUUUGCUGGCACAGCCUCACUAUAGCUGGCAUAGGCUGGGAGGAGUGGGCAUGUGUGUGAGUGUGCGUAUGUGUGUAUUUUUGUGUGUGUGGUGAGCGUCAUUUUUGAUAUUCACACAGAUUCAUCUCUAGCAUGCAAAUUUUGUUUAAUGCUAUUUCGGGGGAGGUGUACCGCCAAGCAGUGGACAAUCACCAAUACCUUAGCUGUUGAAUGAGAGUUAUAUAUUUAUCAUUUAAUAUAUUUAAUUUGAUAUUGUGUAAAAAAUUACAUCUUUACAUCAUCACCUUUAGGUUACUUCAUCUCUGUGACAGCAGACCGAAUUACUGAAUGCUCAUUAUUCAUCACCGUGGUAACCAGCAGACCAUAAUUCCUGUGCUGGUGCUAGAUUAAUAUAAUCGAUCACUGUAAUUUCAUUUCCCCCCCUUGGCUUGCGUUUGUUUACUCUAACAGGGUUAAGGCUUGAUGAUUAUCACAACACUCAUCAGAGCCCCAUAACCCCAUAACCAAUAGCAGAGCUUUCCAAGAGCACUGAUAAAAUGUGAUUAGGCUAACUGUAUCAGGGGCGCUUCAGGAGCGCAGGCCUAACAAAAUCAGAUGGGCCCAAGUGUGGGAGGAAGAGGCUCAGAUGUGCUAUAUCUAUGUGUGUGAAAGAGCCUGAAAGAGAAUAGAAAGAAAGUGGGAGAUUAGGCAGGGAAACGUGGCACACGCGCACACACACACACACACACACACACACACACACACACACACACACACACACACACACACACACACACACACACACACACACACACAUGUUAAAUCAGCCAAUGAGUCUGCAUUGUAUUACAGGCUACUAGACUCCCUUCGAGUCAUUACCAGUGGGAGAGAAGAAAGUCCUCAGUCUCAGCUGUUCCUUAACUCAACUCUCUCCAUGAGCGAUUAUUUAAACAAUAAUUAACUAUGCCUGUAAAUCUGCUCUGCGUUGCUGACCGAAUUGUUGCUAAAUUACAAGAAGUCACCCAGCCGAAUGUAACGCAAUUAUCUCUCUCUCUCCCUCCCUCGUUUUCCCUCUGUGUCUCUCACUCUCUCUCUCUCUGUCUCUCUGUCUCUCUCUCUCUCUGUCUCUCUCUCUCUCUGUCUCUCUCUCUCUCUCUCUCUCUCUCUCUCUCUCUCUCUCUCUCUCUCUCUCUCUCUCUCUCUCUCUCUCUCUCUCUCUCUCUCUCUCUCUCUGCUAUGGUUUCAGGGCAAAAUUCUGACGACGAGAGAGGUUGGCUUCUUUCCAAGCGACGCCGUGAAGCCGUGCCCAUGUGUAAGCUAAGCACUCAGCACUGUGUUGUCCUAGCAGUAGAGUAGACACUCGGGUGGGUAAGCAGGCAGAUGAACAUAUUCUUCCAGGUGGUGAGAUGAUUGUUAGGCAGUUUAUCUUUGUGGAAAUUGUAGGUGAUUUUACCUGAUUAUGUUUAAAGAAGAUAAUACAUGUAGCUUUAACUGCAGUAUUUAAUUUAACAGUUGGAUUAAAAAAGACAGUUUAGAUACUUUACUGUGUAAUUUCACAUUUCUUACCUUGAUGAUGAGUUGACUAUUUAAAUCAGCUGUGUAGUGCUAGUGCAAAGAACUUGCAACCCUUGUGGUCCCCAGGACCGAGUUUGGGAAAUGCUGUCCUCUAUUACUAAAUGCAUUUGAAACAUUUACUAGUAAAACUAUAUUUUGUGCAUUUUGAAUUAUAACUUUAUGUCUUGAUUUUAUAAUCAUGUUCCUUCAGAAUUCACAUUGCUGUAAUGUGUCUGUUCUUAGUCAGACAAAAUUACAUUUACAUUUGACAUUUUAGUCAUUUAGCAGACACUCUUAUCCAGAGCGACUUACAGUUAGUGAGUGCAUACAUUAUUUAAAUUUUUUAUUUUUUUUUAUACUGGCCCCCCGUGGGAAACGAACCCACAACCCUGGCGUUGCAAGCGCCAUGCUCUACCAACUGAGCUCAGCAGCUCAUCGAUGGACUUUUACAAUGACACAGAGCAGAUGACCUAUAGUGCUAUCUGAAUGCUUACACCAUCAUAAAGAUAACAAAUACAUUAUCCUACUUCAUUAAGGUCAUAAGAACCACCAAACCACCUGUUUACAACAAAACCCAAACAUGACGUUAAACGUAUCUAGGGUAGCCGGGACUACCGCCAAAAAAGAGACUACAGUUGACUUAGUUUGCCAAUAGGGGAAAAUACAUUAUUUACUGACUUAGAUGGAUGAAAUAGUGAGAUUCAGGUUGGGUGGGAUUCGUGGGAAUGAAAGAACAAUGGUUCACAUGUUUCUCUCUCUCUCUUACUCUCUCUCUCUCUCUCUCUCUCUCUCUCUCUCUCUCUCUCUCUCUCUCUCUCUCUGUAUCUCUCUCUGUAUCUCUCUCUCUGUAUAUCUCUCUCUGUAUCUAUCUCUCUGUAUAUCUCUCUCUGUAUCUCUCUCUGUAUCUCUCUCUCUCUGUAUCUCUCUCUCUGUAUCUCUCUCUGUAUCUCUCUCUCUGUAUCUCUCUCUCUGUAUCUCUCUCUCUGUAUCGCUCUCUGUAUCUAUCACUGUCUCUCGUCUUUACCCCCAGGUCCCCAAACCUGUCGACUACUCCACACAACCCUGGUAUGUUCACGUUCGCCUGGUCCUCACCAAACUUGAAUACAAAAAUGCAUGAUAAUGACCUCAAGUUAUCAUACCAUUAAUUGUAACAGUAGCACAUAUGGUGGAGCAUUACAAGUAGUUUAUCAACCUUUCAGAAUAAAUAUGUGGUUGUUAGGUCAUGUAGGCUGUAGUUUAGUAAAAUCAUUAUUUGUGAGUGUAGGGUAGACAGUUUGGUAGUUUUUCUGUCAUUAGAUGUUGCCUGUGUAUACCUGUGUGUUUCUCUGCAUAUCUAACCUCCCUAUUCAAUUGAAUACUACUUUAUUUAUCUCCUGAGGGGCAAUUACAAGUAUCAUACUGUACGUGCUACCUGUGUAGAAUAUAGUAAUGGCGCCAGAGGGGAUGGCUGCCGUUUUAUGGACUCUUAACCAACCGUGCUAUUUUGUGUGUUUUUUCGCAUUGUUUUUAACUUAUUUUGUACAUAAUGUUGCUGCUACCAUCUCUUAUGACCGAAAAGAGCUUCUGGACAUCAGAACAGGGAUUACUCACCUUGAACUGGACGAAUAAUUUUUAUUUUAUGAAAGAAAAUGAGAUAUCGCGGAAGGAGAUCGGGGUGCUUGGUAAGGAGCAGGCAACGAGUGGCUAAUCUGCCUUUGCCAUCGAUACUAUUGGCCUACUUACAAUCGCUUGAUAAUAAAAUGGACGAACUACAGGCACGAAUAUCCUACCAACGGGACAUUAAAAACUGUAAUAUCUUAUGUUUCACCGAGUCGUGGCUGAACGAUGAGAUGAAUAACAUACAGCUGGCGGGUUAUACACUGUAUUGGCAGGAUAGAACAGCAGCCUCUGGUAAGACAAGGGGUGUCGGUCUAUGUAUAUUUGUAAACAACAGCUGGUGCACGAUAUGUAAGGAAGUCUCAAGGUUUUGCUCGCCUGAGGUAGAGUAUCUCAUGAUAAGCUGUAGACCACACUAUCUACCAAGAGAGUUUUCAUCUAUAUUUUUCGUAGCUGUCUAUUUACCACCACAAACCGAUGCUGGCACAAAGGCCGCACUCAAUGAACUGUAUACGGCCAUAAGCAAACAGGAAAACGCUCAUACAGAGGCGGCUCUCCUAGUGGCCGGGGACUUUAAUGCAGGGAAACUUAAAUCCGUUUUACCUCAUUUCUGCCAGCAUGUUAAAUGUGCAACCAGAGGGAAAAAACUCUAGACCACCUUUACUCCACACACAGAGACGCAUACAAAGCUCUCCCUCGCCCUCCAUUUGGAAAAUCUGACCAUAAUUCUAUCCUCCUGAUUCCUGCUUACAAGCAAAAACUAAAGCAGGAGCACCAGUGACUCGGUCAAUAAAAAAGUGGUCAGAUGAAGCAAAUGCUAAGCUACAGGACUGUUUGCUAGCACAGACUGGAAUAUGUUCCGGGAUUCUUCCGAUGGCAUUGAGGAGUACACCACAUCAGUCACUGGCUUCAUCACUAAGUGCAUUGCGACGUUGUCCCCACAGUGACUGUACGUACAUACCCCAACCAGAAGCCAUGGAUUACAGGCAACAUCCGCACUGAGCUAAAGGGUAGAGCUGCCGAUUUCAAGGAGCAGGACUCUAACCCGGAAGCUUAUAAGAAAUCCAGCUAUGCCCUCCGACAAACCAUCAAACAGGCAAAGCAUCAAUACAGGACUAAGAUCGAAUCGUACUACACCGGCUCCGACGCUCGUCGGAUGUGGCAGGGCUUGCAAACUAUUACAGACUACAAAGGGAAGCACAGCUGCGAGCUGCCCAGUGACACGAGCCUACCAGACGAGCUAAAUUACUUCUAUGCUCGCUUCGAGGCAAGUAACACUGAAACAUGCAUGAGAGCAUCAGCUGUUCCGGAUGACUGUGUGAUCACGCUCUCCGUAGCCGAUGUGAGUAAGACCUUUAAAUAGGUCAACAUUCACAAGGCCGCAGGGCCAGACGGAUUACCAGGACGUGUACUCUGAGCAUGCGCUGACCAACUGGCAAGUGUCUUCACUGACAUAUUCAACCUCUCCCUGUCUGAGUCUGUAAUACCAACAUGUUUCAAGCAGACCACCAUAGUCCCUGUGCCCAAGAACACUAAGGCAACCUGUAUAAAUGACUACCGACCCGUAGCACUCACAUCUGUAGCCAUGAAGUGCUUUGAAAGGCUGGUCAUGGCUCACAUCAACACCAUUAUCCCAGAAACCCUAGACCCACUCCAAUUUGCAUAUCGCCCCAACAGAUCCACAGAUGAUGCAAUCUAUAUUGCGCAUCACACUGCCCUUUCACACCUGGACAAAAGGAAAACCUACAGUGGGGAGAACAAGUAUUUGAUACACUGCCGAUUUUGCAGGUUUUCCUACUUAUAAAGCAUGUAGAGGUCUGUAAUUUUUAUCAUAGGUACACUUCAACUGUGAGAGACGGAAUCUAAAACAAAAAUCCAGAAAAUCACAUUGUAUGAUUUUUAAGUAAUUAAUUUGCAUUCUAUUGCAUGAGAUAAGUAUUUGAUCACCUACCAACCAGUAAGAAUUCCGGCUCUCACAGACCUGUUAGUUUUUCUUUAAGAAGCCCUCCUGUUCUCCACUCAUUACCUGUAUUAACUGCACUUGUUUAAACUUGUUACCUGUAUAAAAGACACCUGUCCACACACUCAAUCAAACAGACUCCAACCUCUCCACAAUGGCCAAGACCAGAGAGCUGUGUAAGGACAUCAGGGAUAAAAUUGUAGACCUGCACAUGGCUGGGAUGGGCUACAGGACAAUAGGCUUGGUGAGAAGGCAACAACUGUUGGCGCAAUUAUUAGAAAAUAGAAGAAGUUCAAGAUGACGGUCAAUCACCCUCGGUCUGGGGCUCCAUGCAAGAUCUCACCUCGUGGGGCAUCCAUGAUCAUGAGAUAGGUGAGGGAUCAGCCCAGAACUACACGGCAGGACCUGGUCAAUGACCUGAAGAGAGCUGGGACCACAGUCUCAAAGAAAACCAUUAGUAACACACUACGCCGUCAUGGAUUAAAAUUCUGCAGCGCACGCAAGGUCCCCCUGCUCAAGCCAGCGCAUGUCCAGGUCCGUCUGAAGUUUGCCAAUGACCAUCUGGAUGAUCCAGAGGAGGAAUGGGAGAAGGUCAUGUGGUCUGAUGAGACAAAAAUAGAGCUUUUUGGUCUAAACUCCACUCGCUGUGUUUGGAGGAAGAAGAAGGAUGAGUACAACCCCAAGAACACCAUCCCAACCGUGAAGCAUGGAGGUGGAAACAUAAUUCUUUGGGGAUGCUUUUCUGCAAAGGGGACAUGACGACUGCACCGUAUUGAGGGGAGGAUGGAUGGGGCCAUGUAUCGCGAGAUCCUGGCCAACAACCUCCUUCCCUCAGUAAGAGCAUUGAAGAUGGGUCGUGGCUGGGUCUGCCAGCAUGACAACGACCCGAAACACACAGCCAGGGCAACUAAGGAGUGGCUCCGUAAGAAGCAUCUCAAGGUCCUGGAGUGGCCUAGCCAGUCUCCAGACCUGAACCCAAUAGAAAAUCUUUGGAGGGAGCUGAAAGUCUGUAUUGCCCAGCGACAGCCCUGAAACCUGAAGGAUCUGGAGAAGGUCUGUAUGGAGGAGUGGGCCAAAAUCCCUGCUGCAGUGUGUGCAAACCUGGUCAAGACCUACAGGAAACGUAUGAUCUCUGUAAUUGCAAACAAAGGUUUCUGAACCAAAUAUAAAGUUCUGCUUUUCUGAUGUAUCAAAUACUUAUGUCAUGCAAUAAAAUGCAAAUUAAUUACUUUAAAAUCAUACAAUGUGAUUUUCUGGAUUUUUGUUUUAGAUUCCGUCUCUCACAGUUGAAGUGUACCUAUGAUAAAAAUUACAGACCUCUACAUGCUUUGUAAGUAGGAAAACCUGCAAAAUCGGCAGUGUAUCAAAUACUUGUUCUCCCCACUGUAUGUGAGAUUGCUAUUCAUUGACUACAGCUCAGCGUUCAACACCAUAAUGCCCUCAAAGCUCAUCACUAAGCUAAGGACCCUGGGACUAAACACCUCCCUCUGCAACUGGAUCCUGGACUUCCUGAUGGUCCGCACCCAGGUGGUAAGGGUAGGUAACAUCACAUCCGCCACGCUGAUCCACAACACUGGGGCCCCUCAGGGGUGCGUUCUCAGUCCCCUCCUGUACUCCCUGUUCACUCAUGACUGCAUGGCCAGGCACGACUCCAACACCAUCAUUAAGUUUGCCGAUGACACAACAGUGGUAGGCCUGAUGACCGACAACGACGUGACAGCCUAUAGGGAGGAGGUCAGAGACCUGGCCGUUUGGUGCCAGGACAACAACCUCUCCCUCAACGUGAUCAAGACAAAGGAGAUGAUUGUGGACUACAGGAAAAAGAAGAGGAACGAGCAAGCCCCCAUUCUCAUCGACGGAGCUGUAGUGGAGCAGGUUGAGAGCUUCGAGUUCUUUGGUGUCCACAUCACCAACAAACUAACAUGGUCCAAGCACACCAAGACAGUCGUGAAGAGGGCACGACAAAACCUAUUCCCCCUAAGGAGACUGAAAAGAUUUGGCAUGGGUCCUCAGAUCCUCAAAAGGUUCUACAGCUGCACCAUUGAGAGCAUCCUGACUGGUUGCAUCACUGCCUGGUAUGGCAACGGCUCUGCCUCCUACCGCAAGGCACUACAGAGGGUAGUGCGUACGGCCCAGUACAUCACUGGGGCCAAGCUUCCUGCCAUCCAGGACCUCUAUAGUAGGCGGUGUCAGAGGAAGGCCCUAAAAAUUGUCAAAGACUCCAGCCACCCUAGUCAUAGACUGUUCUCUCUGCUACCGCACGGCAAGCGGUAACGAAGCGCCAAGACUAGGUCCAAGAGGCUUCUAAACAACUUCUACCCCCAAGCCAUAAGACUCCUGAACAUCUAAUCAAAUGGCUACCCAGACUAUUUGCACUGCCCGCCACUCUUCUUUUACGCUGCUGCUACUCUCUGUUUAUUAUCUAUGCAUAGUCACUUUAAUAACUCUACCUACAUGUACAUAUUACCCCAAUUACCUCGACUAACCGGUGCCCCCGCACAUUGACUCGGUACCGGUAACCCCUGUAUAUAGCCUCGCUAUUGUUAUUUUUACUGCUGCUCUUUAAUUAUUUGUUACUUUUAUUUCGUAUUAUUUUAUAAUUAUUAAUUGUAUUAUUAUUAUAUAUAUAUAUUUUUGGUAUUCUUUCUUAAAACUGCAUUGUUGGUUAAGGGCUUGUAAGUAAGCAUUUCACUGUAAGGUCUACACCUGUUGUAUUCGUGCAUGUGACAAAUAAAAUGUGAUUUGAUUUUAUUUAUAUACAGUUCUGUAACCUGUCAGUGCUUCCUGGACUGUAGGUUUGCUGGGCCCAUGGAGAGACUUCAGGCUGAGGCAGAACUGAUCAACAGAGGGAAUAGCACCUACCUGGUCCGCCACCGAAGCCGCGAGUUCACAGAGUACGCCAUCAGCAUUAAGUAAGUGAGCAGCACAGUACAGCAUACACAGCACGGUACAGUACAGCCCAGCCCAGUACAGCACAGUACAGCACAGCACAGCCCAGUACAGCACAGUACAGCACAGCACAGCACAGUACAGUACAGUACAGUACAGCACAGCCCAGUACAGCACAGCACAGUACAGCACAACCCAGUACAGCACAGCACAGUACAGCACAGCACAGCACAGUACAGUACAGUACAGUACAGCACAGCACAGUACAGCCCAGCCCAGUACAGCACAGUACAGCCCAGUACAGUACAGCACAGUACAGCACAGUACAGCACAGCACAGCACAGCACAGUACAGUACAGCACAGUACAGCACAGCCCAGUACAGCACAGCACAGUACAGCACAGCACAGCACAGCACAGUACAGUACAGUACAGUACAGUACAGUACAGCACAGCACAGCACAGUACAGCCCAGCCCAGUACAGCACAGCACAGCACAGUACAGUACAGCACAGCACAGUACAGUACAGCACAGCACAGUACAGCCCAGCCCAGUACAGCACAGUACAGCCCAGUACAGUACAGCACAGUACAGCACAGUACAGCACAGCACAGCACAGCACAGUACAGUACAGUACAGUACAGCACAGUACAGCCCAGUACAGUAUAGUACAGCACAGCCAAGUACAGCACAGCCCAGUACAGUACAGCACAGUACAGCACAGUACAGCUCAGUACAGCACAGCACAGCACAGCACAGUACAGCACAGUACAGUACAGCCCAGCCCAGUACAGCACAGUACAGUACAGCACAGUACAGCCCAGUACAGUAUAGUACAGCACAGCCAAGUACAGCACAGCCCAGUACAGCACAGCACAGUACAGUACAGUACAGCACAGCCCGGUACAGUACAGCACAGUACAGCAUAGCACAGUACAGCACAGCGCAGUACAGCAUAGCACAGUAUACACAGCACAGUACAGCACAGUACAGCACAGCACAGUACAGUAUACACAGCACAGUCACACUUUGCAAAUAGUCCUCUUAAAGCUUACAUGAAUCAUUAGUCACACAGGAGAAUACCAUACCCUUCCUCUACUGUCAGUGCUGGUUCAGUCCUACCAUUAACUCUCUGCACAGACUGUACUGUUUGUUGCUCUGCUCUGGUUAAGAGCAUUGGCUAAAGGAUGGCAUUGGACAAUACAUGCAUUGAAAAGUGACUUACGAAAUAACUACAACAAUGAGGUGAGACGUGCAGGAGUAACGAUUCUGAUAAGUGAGUGCUACAGUACAGUGGUAUUUGUUUUACAUGCUGUGUAGCAUUGCUGCAAACACAUUUAAACUACACGCGAGGUAGAUGGGAAAAUAACACUUUUGCGUGUUAUCACUGUAUCAUUUCAGUCACCCCAAGCUGUAGAUAGACAGAUUACGGUACUGUAUGUUCAGACAGGUUGGAACAUGCCAAUGAUAUGCAGCGUCAAAAAAUAAGAUGUUUUAUUGUCACAUACUCCGGAUAGGUGCAGUGUUGUUUUACAGGAUCAGCCAUAGUAGUACGGCUCCCCUGGAGCAAAUUAGGUUUAAGUGCCUUGCUCAAGGGCACAUCAACAUAUUUUUCACCUUGUCAGCUCGGGUAUUCAAACUAGUGAUCUUUCGGUUACUGGCCCAACGCUCUAACCGCUAGACUACCAGCCGCCCUAGGCUACUAGGCUACCCGCCGCCGUUUCUGUCCCAGGUUGGGUUGCAACACUCCUUCCCUGAAGGGAGCCGGUAGAGCUGAGAGAGAGGGAGAGAGAAAGAGAGAGAGGGAGAGAGAGAGAGAGAGAGAGAGAGAGAGAGAGAGAGAGAGAGAGAGAGAGAGAGAGAGAGAGAGAGAGAGAGAGAGAGAGAGAGAGAGAGAGAGAGAGAAGGAGAGCUGCUCUGAGAGGCUGCUUGAAACGUUCCCUUCAACUCCACUUAAUUCAUCUCCUCCUUUUUUCCUCUCUUACGAAAGCAGAGCUUUUCAAUGCCUUCAAGUUCCACCAGAGCUGAAGUCUUAAUUGCUUGCGUGUGAAGCAUACUGCUGCAGCGCUAGUGAAUAGACCCAGAGAGACUGUUAUACAGCCUGCUCAAGGUUAUUUAAACCAUCACAAAGAAAACGAGAGAAAAAGAGAAAAAAGAAAACUCCACAUCUGUGUGGAAACUACAUUAAGAAAGUGUUUGAAACAGACAAUGCCCUAUCCUUGGCUCCCUCUGCAUCACACUGCUGUGUUAUUGAGGCCUUGCCGCCUUCCUUCCACAAGCUACAGCCACAAGACUCCAGCCAAGAGGGUCCAGUCAGUCUAAAUUAAGCUCUGGCAUUUCAGUGUACAAUAGUCCCGUCACUGGGGUUUGUUUUGGUGCGUAGAAUAUGGAUUAGGCCAUAUUAUUGGGGGGAUUACGGCUCUGAGAGUGAGAUAAGAGGAUAAUAAUAGAGAUCAAGAGAGGAGAAGGCUUUCUUUGAGAGAGACAGACAAAGGGGGCUGACGCUAUUGGCUCUGUGUCUCUAUACCCUCCAUACCCUCCCCUCCUCCCUGCCCCACUCUGCCCUGCUGAGACCCUCUAAAUGGGGGCGACUGCCCUUCCAUCAGCCCCCUCCCCUGGUCCCAAGGGGUAAUGAGGAAUGGUGCCCCUGUCUAUCGACGUCUACACACGCACACACACACACACACACUCACUCACACACACCCCUCCCCAUCACUCAGGUGUCAGAAACCCAAGUCUCAGAGCAUUUCGUAUGAUAUUUUACGUUUCGUAUGGUAUGUAUUCAUUUGUGGGUGUCCAUCAUCCAUUUCGUAUGAUAUGUUACAAUUUACAGUUAGAAUGAUAUGUUACAAAUUUGUAAAACAUACAAUAUAUACGAAUUUGAAAAACGUGUGAUAUGUUAUGAAUUCCAAUUUGUUGUGGCUAAUGUUAGCUAGGGGGUUAAAGCUAACUUUAGCUAGCUGGCUAACAUUAGCUAGGUUAUAGGGUUAGGGUUUAAGGUUAGGGUUAAGGUUAGGAAUUAGGUUAAAGGGUUAAAGGGUUAAGGUUAGGUUUAGGAUUAGGGGAAAGGUUAGCUAACAUGCUAAGUAGUAGCAAAGUAGCUAAAAAGUAGUAAGUAGUUGAAAAGUUGCUAAUUAGCUAAAAUGCUAAAGUUGCCCAUGCUGCAAUUCAAACACGCAACUUUUGGGUUGCUAGACAUUCGCGUUAUAUGCACACCCAUCCACCCCUACCAACCACCCUCCUUUAUAAUUAUUAUUUAUUAACCUUCUGUCUUAUGUAACCAUACCAUUCGUAACAUAUCAUAAUAAUUUCUUGUCCCUGGUUUACAUUUAAUAUGUUACUUCUAGUCUAUGAGACCAGGCUGCAGAAACCUUUGGGCCCAAGCAUUACCAUGGCAGCGUCCAGACCCCCCCCCCACCCUCCCUACUGGGGGAUCGAUCUCAAUGAUUACCAGAAAAUUACACUCAUCACUUAUUCAUGGCCCACAGGUACAACAAUGACGUGAAGCACAUCAAGAUCCUGACCAGAGAUGGCUGCUUCCACAUCGCAGAAAACAAGAAGUUCAGGAGUAUAUUAGUGAGUCUGUUUCCGUUUUAUAGACCACCUCUGCAUUUCACACAAAAAUAAAUCACUCAGUGUUUCUUUAAUUAAAUGUCAAAACAUGAAUCUUAUUUUGAGCCCCUUGCUGUGUGAAAAUAGCUCUGAUUAGUGGUGUGCUUUACAUUACUGCCCGUAGGCCUUGUAGAGAAUUAUAGACAAGGAUCGGUCCAGGGUGAAUUGGAUGUGUUCUUUGCCUUCUAUUCACCCAGGAUUGUGUUGCUUUUAGCUGCAGUUAUAACAUAUUUUACUGUUAGUCCUCUGUAGGUGUAUGCAGCUUUUAUUUCACCCAAACCUUUAAUCUUCAUAUUAAGUGAAUCAUUUUGUCGUUUUCAUUUAAUUGGCAUUGGACAGAGGACAUUUUAAAACAAAUGUUGAAUGAUAUAGAGCACAUUACUAUUUUUUCAUAAAUCAUUUUCAUGCCAAUGGUGUUUUUGUGUGAGGCUAUUUGGCUAACUGUGAGAAUGUGUGUGUGUGUGCGUGUGUGUUACAGGAACUAAUUGAAUACUACAAACACCAUUCAUUGAGGGAAGGCUUUAGAAGCCUGGACACCACACUGCAGUUCCCCUACAGAGAACAGGAGAAUGCUGCUAUGCUCCACACCAACAGACCUGGAGGAAACAGUGAGUACAAAACAACACUACAUACACAACACAACAUGAACACGAACACAGCUCAACACUACGCUCUUAGAAAAAAAGGUGCUAUCUAGAACCAAAAAGGGUUCUUCGGCUGUCCCCGUAGGAGAACCCUUUGGAGAACCCCUUUUGGUUUCAGGUAGAACCCUUUUGGUUCCAGGUAGAACCAUUUGGGGUUCCAUGUAGAACCCUUUCCACAAAGGGUUCUACAUGGAACCCAAACAAGUUCUACCUGGACCUAAAAAGGAUUCUACCUGGAACCUAAAAGGGUUCUCCUAUGGGGACAGCCGCAGAACCUUUUUGGAACCAUUUUUUUCUAAGAGUGUGCACAUGAAGGCGCUCCUCCUUUAGGUCUGCUAGUCAGGACCUGCAAAUAACAAUCAAACUCUUCAUCAUUGAAUUUCGGUUCCUUUCAUGUGAUGACUGCCUACCAUGACGCCGAAUAACACAAAGAACACUGAAUACUAACCUCCCAGUAGAUAUAGCUAGCUACAUUCAUGCAUGGUUUGGUUUUGGGUAAGCUCUUUGCUGAGACAGUGAAAAUAUGAAUUAUACUGUAUACUGUUCUUUCUUUUGUCUAGAAAAGGGAUGCAGGUCUAGUGGCAGUUCCAGAAGCAGGUUUGGUUGAAAGAAAAUAAGAGUUUGUUAUGAACAGUAUCACAGAAACUUGCCUUAGAAUGGUGUUGCUAUGGCUGCGAUAGCUGGCUGAUAAGUCUUGGGUAAAGAGUGUGUGCUGGGUGACAUUUCACUGUGAGCACAGCAACACACCUGGAGAGAGGACAGGUGUUUCACAGGAUGAUUAUGAUUGCUCCAAUUUCAAUCUCUCAUUCAAUCUGUCAUUGGCAGAUUUAAUUAGCCAUUAGCUGAUCGUUUUUGUUGGUUAGAACAUGUUGUAUGACGACACAAAUCACAUUUUGAACAGUUUGUUUUGGAAUAGUUGGAUAGUGAAACUGGCAAGACAUUGACUCAAAAAUGUGUAUUACAGUUGAAGUCGGAAGUUUACAUACACCUUAGCCAAAUACAUUUAAACUCAGUUUUUCACAAUUCCUGACAUUUUAUCCUAGUAAAAAGUCCCUGUCUUUAUUUUAAGAAUGUGAAAUGUCAGAAUAAUAGUAGAGAGAAUGAUUUAUUUCAGCUUUUAUUUCUUUCAUCACAUUCCCAGUGGGUCAGAAGUUUACAUACACUCAAUUAGUAUUUGGUAGCAACUUGGGUCAAACGUUUCGGGUAGCCUUCCACAACCUUCCUACAAUAAGUUGGGUGAAUUUUGGCCCAUUCCUUCUGACAGAGCUGGUGUAACUGAGUCAGGUUUGUAUGCCUCCUUGCUUGCAUACGCUUUUUCAGUUCUGCCCACACAUUUUCUAUAGGAUUGAGGUCAGGGCUUUGUGAUGGCCACUCCAAUACCUUGACUUUGUUGUCCUUAAGCCAUUUUGCCACAACAUUGGAAGUAUGCUUGGGGUCAUUGUCCAUUUGGAAGACCCAUUUGCAACCAAGCUUUAACUUCCUGACUGAUGUCUUGAGAUGUUGCUUCUAUAUAUCCACAUAAUUUUCCUUCCUCAUGAUGCCAUCUAUUUUGUGAAGUGAACCAGUCCCUCCUGCAGCAAAGCACCCCCCACGGGGGGCCAGAAUGAAUAAAAAUAAAUAAAAAAUGUAUACACUCACUAACUGUAAGCACUAACUGUAAGUCGCUCUGGAUGAGAGCGUCUGCUAAAUGACAAUUUUUUUUAAAAAUAAUGUUGCCACCCCCGUGCUUCACUGUUGGGAUGGUGUUCUUCGGCUUGUAAGCGCUCCCCCUUUUUCCUCCAAACAUAACGAUGGUCAUUAUGGCCAAACAGUUAUAUUUUUGUUUCAUCAGACCAGAGGACAUUUCUCCAUAAAGUACGAUCUUUGUCCCCAUGUGCAGUUGCAAACCGUAGUCUGGCUUUUUUAUGGCGGUUUUGGAGCAGUGGCUUUUUCCUUGCUGAGCGGCCUUUCAGGUUAUGUUGAUAUAGGACUCGUUUUACUGUGGAUAUACUUUUGUACCUGUUUCCUCCAGCAUCUUCACAAGGUCCUUUGCUGUUGUUCUGGGAUUGAUUUGCACUUUUCGCACCAAAGUACAUUCAUCUCUGGGAGACAGAAUCCGUCUCCUUCCUGAGCGGUAUGAUGGCUGCGUGGUCCCAUGGUCUUUAUACUUGCGUACUAUUGUUUGUACAGAUGAACGUGGUACCUUCAGGCGUUUGGAAAUUGCUCCAAGGAUGAACCGGACUUGUGGAGGUCUACAAUUUAUUUUCUGAGGUCUUGGCUGAUUUCUUUUGAUUUUCCCAUGAUGUCAAGCAAAGAGGCAUUGAGUUUGAAAGUAGGCCUUGAAAUACAUCCACAGGUACACCUCCAAUCGACUCAAAUUAUGUAAAUUAGCCUAUCAGAAGCUUCUAAAGCCAUGACAUCAUUUUCUGGAAUAUUCCAAGCUGUUUAAAGGCACAGUCAACUUAGUGUAUGUAAACUUCUGACCCACUGGAAUUGUGAUACAGUGAAUUAUAAAUGAAAUAAUCAGUCUGUAAACAAUUGUUGGAAAAAUUACUUGUGUCAUGCACAAAGUAGAUGGCCUAACCGACUUGCCAAAAGUAUAGUUUGUUAACAACACAUUUUUGGAGUGGUUGAAAAACAAGUUUUAAUGACUCCAACCUAAAUGUAUGUAAACUUCCGACUUCAACUGUAUAAGCAAAUAGUGUAUAGUAUCUGGCACUUUCCUUGGUUUGUGGACUGGUUUGUGGACUGAUCUGUGGACUGGUGUGUGAACUGGUUUGUGAACUGGUUUGUGGACUGGUGUGUGGACUGGUGUGUGGACUGGUUUGUGAACUGGUUUGUGGACUGGUUUCUGAACUGAUUUGUGGACUGGUUUGUGAACUAGUUUGUGGACUGGUUUUGUGGACUGAUUUUGUGGACUGGAUGGUUCUGAAUCAGUUUCUAGUUCUAGUUUUAAUAGAAGUGAUUCUCAAUCAGAGUCAGACUAUAGUGGUGGUCCCUGUCAGUCAAAAUGGUGUUAGGAGCACUGUGUUACUGUACAUGAUGAAUACUGUAUAGUCCUGUACUGCUGUUACAGCAUGGAUAAGAAGACAGCAGAGACAGAGGAGAAGUUGCAUGUUGGAUCCCAGUGGUGAGGAAGGGGUUAAACGCAGUACCGACGCCGGCAGCACACCCGCAGCACUGGAGCCUCUCUCUGGGGUUGAUGGGAGUUUAUGACGCAUUGCAAUCAGUGCUGAGAUUAGAUUUUAUUGUAGCACCAUAUGUCACCGUGCGAAAAGCGCAAGAAAAACUCCCAGGAUUCGCUGAAGGUCAUGUUGCAAGUGCAGGGGAAACAAGACAGAAAAGAAAGGCAGAUGAUCACAGUGAGUCAGAAGCUGGAUGCUGCAUGUCUCACUUUUCAUUUUGCUUGUCACUCAAAUGUCUCACACAAACAACAUUGAGGGAGGAAGGAAGGAUGAAAAACAACUUGUCUCUCACUGAGAAAAUUGAAUUCCAACCUGUUUCUUUUCCCACUCUUUUUUGGGUUCUUCUGAAGCUCUUACGGCGAAAGUCUCUAACAGAGCCAGGCGCGAGCAGGCGCGGGAGCGGCAGAGGGCGCGGGAGGGGAAAGGCAGGCCACGGGGGGCGCGAGCUCGACGAGGAGCGAGGGGGUGCCCGCGUCGCGUGCCUGCUCGCGCUACGUAGAGCUCCGCCAGAGCUCCGAGCAUCCUACGUCUCAUCCUCCUCAUCCUCUCCUCCUCCUCUCUCUUCUCUCAGCCUUCUCCUCCUCUCUCCCCUCUCCCUCUCUCUCCUCCUCUCUCAUCCUCUCUCCCCCUCUCUCCUUCUCUCUCAUUCUCUCUAAGGCCCCAACUCAUAGAAUUCAGCUCCCUUCUUUACUUGUAAAUCACUCUUUUGUUUAGUUGUUCAUUUCUACCAGUAUGGCUGAAAUGCUAAUGCAGUUUAUGUUGUGUUUUUGACAUGACUCUGUUGUAAAUAUCUCAGAACCCUCCUGGUCCCUACUGAUUUACACCAUAAUCAACCCUGGCAGCAUCAGACUUCCCAGUUGGAAGAUGGAAUAAGCAGGAUGGAAUAAUCAGGAAAUCUGGGAAUCCUCCAACCGGAAUUUCUAGAAAACCAGGGAAUUUGGGGAAAGUUACUGGAAUUUACAACUUUAAUCAACAUUGUUGAGGGCCAUAGCAUCACUGUUGAUCCAUCACACAUGGGUAAUAUGUAGGUUAUUACCUGCAUGAUACAGUAUGUGUCUAGUGGAAACAUAUUUCCUGCAGAGGAGAGAGAGAUAUAACCUACAGAUAUUAAAAUGCUCAUCAGAUUUCUCCUCUGAUCUUCCUCCCUGUGAUAGAAACCAGGCUUGGCAUUUAGUCUGUCAAUGAGCUUCUCCUAAUAUGCAUUUUUUGAGAAUAUGCUUACAAGAGUUGACCAGGGAGUCUGGUACUCUGGUUGGUGGUGUGUAUGUUGCUUGCGUGCCCGCACACUCGUGUGUGUGUGUGUGUGUGUGUGUGUGUCUGAUAAUGACCUAACACAGCAGACAGUGGGUUGUUAGUAUGGAUAGGCAGCGGUGGCUCAUGAAUAAAAUGUCUCUGUGUGGGGCUGUAUAGCAGCAGUCGUUAGCCCUGUGACUGUGAGCAGGGUAAACAUAUUGCGUGGUUGACAUCAGCUCUGUUGCAUUGCUCUGGGCCUGCUGGUCAGAUGGGGAUUCAUAUGGUAGCAGGAUGAGGACCAGGGCUGCCAGUGCGGAUAGCAGGUGCAUGGGGUGGUAUUGUGCUUGAGAGGGGUAAACACACACACACAUAUGCAAGCGAGCUUGCAUGCACAUACACGCGCACACACACACAGGAAAGCACACACACGCAAACACACACAUGUACAGUACCAGUCAAAUGUUUGGACACACCUACUCAUUCCAGGGUUUUUCUUUAUUUUUAUUAUUUUCUACGUUGUAGAAUAAUAGUGAAGACAUCAAAACUAUCAAAUAACACAAAUGGAAUCAUGUAGUAACCCAAAAAGUGUUAAACAAAUCAAAAUAUAUUUUAGAUUUUAGAUUCUUCAAAGUAGCCACCCUUUGCCUUGAUGACAGCUUUGCACACUCUUGGCAUUCUCUCAACCAGCUUCAUGAGGUAGUCACCUGGAAUGCAUUUCAAUUAACAGGUGUGCCUUCUUAAAAGUUAAUUUGUAGAAUUUCUUUCCUUCUUAAUGGGUUUGAGCCAAUCAGUUGUGUUGUGACAAGGUAGGGGUGGUAUACAAAAGAUAGCCCUAUUUGGUAAAAGACCAAGUCCAUAUUACGUCAAGAACAGCUCAAAUAAGCAAAGAGAAAUGACAGUCCAUCAUUACUUUAAGACAUGAAGGUCAGUCGAUCCGGAAGAUUUCAAGAACUUUGAAAGUUUCUUCAAGUGCAGUCGCAAAAACCAUCAAGCGCUAUGAUGAAACGGGCUCUCAUGAGGACCGCCACUGGAAA